GACAUAUCUAUAGAAUUUUGGGCUUCUGUAAUUUCUGGAUUUGACGAGAUGGUAAAAUCAGAUGUUCAAAAUCUACGAUUGCAUCUUGCUGUGGGUAUCCCUCCUUCUUUGCGUGGAAUGAUGUGGCAAAUAUUUUCAAAAUCAAGAGACAGUAACGAACUAGAGUGUGAAUACCGUGAGUUGCUUAAGCGUACAAGUCCUCAUGAAAAAAUCAUUCGUCGCGAUUUAGCCCGCACCUUUCCUACGCAUCCUUUCUUCCAAGAAAAGGAUGGAGAAGGGCAACAGAUGCUGUUCAAUGUCAUCAAAGCAUACAGUUUGUUCGACCAGAAAGUAGGCUACUGCCAAGGUCUCCCAUUCGUAGUUGGAUGUCUUUUGUUACAUAUGCCAGAUGAAGCUGUAUUUUGUGUUUUGGUCAAGUUGAUGAGCCACUAUGGUUUGCGCGGACAUUUUACACCACAGAUGGAGACACUUCACGAAAGACUCUAUCAAUUUGAUCAGUUAUUACUCCAAACACUACCCCAGGUCCACAAACAUUUGGAAACUCAUGGAAUCAAACCAACCAUGUAUGCAUCCCAAUGGUUUAUGACUCUUUUCUCUUACCGUUGUCCAUUUGAGCUUGUCUUUCGUGUAUUUGAUUUGGUCUUUGUUGAAGGAUCUUCAAUCCUCUUGAACUUUGCACUUGCUUUAAUGAAAAAGAAUCAAAAGACGCUUCUCAAUCUAGAGUUUGAAACUCUGUUAGAAUUCUUUAGUAACCGUAUAUUCGAUGUUUAUCAGGUAAGAGAUUAUGUAGCUGAUGAGCCUGCGGCAUUUGUACAUGAUGCAUAUGGUUUCAAUAUUACUGCUCGACAGCUAGAAAAGAUCUCUAAGAAGUAUGCAGUUGAAUCUGCCAAAGAAGCAAAAUUACAUUCUCCAGAAGACCAGCUUAGACGACAAAAUGCAGAGCUAGCAGAAAAACUGAGACGUAUGGAGCAUUCGUUUAAUAUCCUUCAGGAUGAGCAUCAAGAUGUUGCCCACCAACUGAUCUCAGUCAAAAUGGAGAUGGCUCAGAUGAACGAUGAAAACCAAGAACUGCGACGAUUGCUGGGAAAAUACCGAUCCGAU